AUGGCGUGGUACGAUCAGGACAGCUGGCUCACAGCCGCUUUCUCGCCAAACCCUCUCACUAUACUCAUCACCUUAAUCGUCGCGCUGGGCCUGCCGAUACUAAUUCACAUCAUUCUGUACAAGAAGGCAGCCGCAGCCGCCCAAAUACCCACAUUCCUGCUGGUUGGACCGAGCGGUAGUGGAAAGACAGCCUUUACGACACUGGCCGAGCGCAACGCUACGACCCAGACACACACCUCCACUACUCCCUUAUCCGUCUCGGCUAUCCUUCCGAGCCCACACGUCCCCGCAUCUUCACAUUACCGUUCACCAGGCGACCCAGCCUUCGAGCGUUCACGCAACCUCCUGCUCCUCGACACGCCCGGCCACGGCAAGCUCAGGCACUAUGCCACCGCCCAACUCGCCGACCCCAAGAGCAUCCGCGCUAUAAUCUUCGUCGUCGACGCUGCUCAGCUAGGCGAUGAAGCUGGACUGAACGAGGCAGCAGAGUACCUCCACGACAUCCUCCUCUCGCUGCAGAAACGCUACACCAACGCUACCACAAGCAAAGGACCAAAGGCAAUUCCAGUCCUUGUUGCAGCAAACAAGAUGGAUCUCUUCACUGCGUUGCCCCCGAAUCUUGUCAAGAGCUCACUCGAGAAGACCAUUACGGAGGUUAGGAGCAACAGGGCGAAGGCGCUCCGGGAUGCAGGUGCGGCGCUGAGCGGAGGUGAGGAUGAGGUAGAUGAGGAGAAGGAGUGGCUUGGUGAGGGUGGCGAGGGCGUGUUCACGUUUGAGCAGAUGAGGGAGAGCGGGACGAGCGUGGAUGUGAUUGGAGGCAAUGUUGUCGCGGGCAAGGAGGGCGGUGAUGUGGAGAAGUGGUGGCAGUGGAUUGCAGAGCAGCUUUGA